GGUUGUCAUUAUUCUGAAACUGAAGCAAAAAAAUAGUUUGGCUAUGAAAACCAGUAUAUCUUUCGGACGGGCACUCUUUCUCGGAUAUCCCAACUUUUUUUGUCGUCACAAAAAUGCUGAGGAUACCAUCAGUAACCAUGGCAACAGAGGUAGAGAUUGAUGAUUCCUUGUACAGUCGUCAGAGAUAUGUACUGGGAGAUGGUGCUAUGCAGAGAAUGGCUAAGGCAUCAGUUUUACUCUAUGGGGUUGGUGGACUUGGCAUUGAAAUUGGGAAAAACAUCGUUCUUGCUGGAAUAAAGUCUUUGACAGUUCAAGACCCAAACAUUUCAAGUACAUUGGAUCUAGGGACACAGUUCUUUCUGAGAGAAGAGGAUGUACAGAAACAAAGGACUAGGGCAGAGGCCAGUGUACCAAGAUUGUCCGAGUUAAAUCCAUAUGUAAGCAUUCAUACACUGACCACCCCACUGAAUGACUCGACUGAUCUACAGUACCUAAAACAAUAUCAGUGUGUCAUAGUGACAGAGCUACCUCACUCGAUACAAGUAAAGGUGAAUUCAUUCUGUCGGACCAGUGAAAUACAGUUUAUCAGUGCAGAUGUGUAUGGCCUAUUCUGUGGAGCAUUUUGUGAUUUUGGCGACAGUUUUGAAGUUGCAGAUCCAAAUGGUGAAGAACCGAAGGAAGUUUUUAUUGCAAAUGUUACCAAAGAGAAUCCCGGUGUAGUGACAUGUCUAGAUAACAAAAUGCAUGGUUUUGAGACUGAUGAUACUGUCACAUUCAGGGAAGUCACUGGAAUGACUAAACUCAACAAUAUGCAGUGUAAAAUUAAAGUUAAAUCACCAUAUGCAUUCAGUAUCUGUGAUACCUCUGGUGAGGAGUUUGCUCCAUACAUUAGUGGUGGAAUCUGUACACAGGUGAAAAUUGGCAAAACUGUUACCUCUGAAUGUCUAGAAAAACAGCUUAUGAAGCCAGACAUUCUUAUAACAGACUUCAGCAAGCUUGAGUUGCCUAUAAGCACACAUGCAGGUUUUACAGCACUACAUAAAUUCAUUGAAUCCCAUGGACACCUACCAAAUACAUGGUGUUCAGAGGAUGCUGGCAAGAUGUUAACAAUUGUCUCAGAGAUGAAAGGGCAAGGAAUGUUUCAAGAGAGUGGAGAUAUAUCUGAGGAAGUUAUCCGGUUACUUUCCUACACAUGUCGUGGAAGCUUCCUGCCGUUAUGUGCUGCUCUUGGUGGCAUUGUGGCACAGGAGGCUCUGAAAGCAAUCACCGGCAAGUUCACGCCACUCAAACAGUGGCUGUAUCUGGAUGCUGUGGAUGUAUUAAACAAAGAUGAUGGAGAAAACACCCAGUUAUUUCAAGCAAAAGGUGAUAGGUAUGACCAGUUGAGAAUUUGUGUUGGAGAAAAUAUACUUCAGAAGCUGCAGCAGCUAAAACUGUUUAUGGUUGGUUGUGGUGCUAUAGGUUGUGAGAUGUUGAAGAAUUAUGCCUUGAUGGGUGUGGCAACUCAAGAACAGGGACAGAUAACUAUUACAGACAAUGACCUCAUUGAAAAAUCAAAUCUGAAUAGACAAUUUCUCUUCAGACCACAGCAUAUACGACAACCAAAGAGCACUACAGCAGCCCAGGCUGUCCGACAGAUUAACUCAGGGAUACGUAUUGAACCUCAGCAGCACAAAGUGUGUGUACAAACAGAGAAGACAGUUUACCCCGACAGUUUCUUUGAGAGGCAUGACAUUAUUGUUAAUGCUCUAGAUAAUGUGGAGGCACGAAGAUAUGUCGACAUGCGAUGUGUGACAGCGCAGAGAAGUCUUUUAGAGUCAGGAACCAUGGGAACUAAAGGUCAUACUCAGGUCAUUGUGGCUCAUCUCACAGAAUCUUAUGGAAGCCAGCGUGAUCCACCAGACGAGGAGGUACCUUACUGUACACUAAAGUCAUUCCCUGCUAAUAUAGAACAUUGUAUACAGUGGGCCAGGGAUAAGUUUGAGAGUUCUUUUACACAAAAACCAAAUGCUUUCAACAAAUUCUGGACUGCCAACACAGACACUACAGCAGUUAUAGAGCGUUUAUCCCGGAGUGAUCCAGUAGAUGGCGCUGUUCAGGCAAGCAAGUUGCUCGUGUUCCGGCCAAAAGAUUGGGCAUCCUGUGUACAUAUUGGUCGCCUUAAGUUUGAAAAAUAUUUUAAUCACAAGGCAAAACAUUUACUCCAUGCCUUUCCGUUAGAUACCAAGAUUUCUGAUGGAAGUCCGUUUUGGCAGUCACCAAAAAGACCACCAACUCCAAUAGAAUUUGAUGCUGGUAAUCCAAUGCACCUACAGUUUGUUAUUGCAACAGCACAUCUGUAUGCAGAUAACAAUAAAAUCACCAUACCAAAACCUAUAGACGAGCAAGAAAUUCAGAAGAUUUUACUGGGAGUCAAAGUUUCACCUUUUGUGCCUAGUAAUAAGAAAAUAGAAGUGGAUGAGACAAAGACAGGCAAUAAAGAGGAAGUUUUGAGUACAGAUGAACUUGAGAUUGCUGGGUCCAGGAUACAGUCUGUACUCUCUAGUACAGAUCAUGUCAAAGCCCUGGAAAAGAUGAUGCCAGCAAACUUUGAGAAAGAUGAUGAUAGCAAUGGUCAUAUAGAUUUCAUAACAGCAGCAGCGAAUUUACGAGGUAGUAUGUACCAGAUAGAGACUGCUGACAGAUUACGUAUCAAGAGAAUUGCAGGACGUAUUGUGCCGGCUAUAGCAACAACAACAGCAGCUGUCUCAGGAUUGAUAUCUGUUGAGUUGGUAAAGGUUGUACAAGGUCAACCUAUAGAGAAGUACAGAAACUGUUUCCUGAACCUGGCUCUACCAGUGUUCCUGUUCUCGGAGCCCGGACCAGCAGAAAGAACUGUAGUCAAAGAGGGAAUAACAUUCACUAACUGGGAUAGAUGGGACAUUGAAGGUAACCCUGACUUCACACUACAAAAUCUGCUGGAUAAACUCAAGGAGAAAGUUGGAAGUGAAGUGACUUUUGUUGGACACGGAACAAAAAUUGUUUACACUACAUUUAUGCCUGGUCACAGGAAACGAUUGCCAGAUAAACUGACAAAGUUGCUUAAAGCUAAACCAGGAGAUGUUUACAUGGAUCUAGUUGUAUCAUUUGAGUCCAUGGAUGAUGAGGAUGUAGGAGGGCCACCAAUAAGAUAUUUCUUCAGACUGUGAUAUCAUAUACUGUAUUAAUUUAUUUUACGUAAAAUCAUGUAUCUGUUGUGACAUUCUUAAUUUGUUUUAAAAGAGCCGACUUCCAGAUUGUCAAAAUAUGACUUUUUUCAUAGCUGAUGAACAAGUUUGUGAAUUUAAAGUGAAUUUGAAUCAGGUUAAAAUAUCAGAAUGUUCUAAUUUUGAACCUAGUCUAGAGAUUUCUGAUGCAAUUUACAACUUUUCCACUGUUCACAUCUGGGACCAAUCUUUAAGCCACCAAAAUGAUUAACUCAUAUACGAAUUAAAUUUAAGAAGGACAAAAUGUUUAAGUGUCUUUGAAAGUCGAAGCCUUUAACUUGUUUUGUGCAAAUGAACAAACCUGGUAGGGGAGUAAGCCAGGUGCCUUGGGAAAAUUGUGGGCAUCAUAAUUAGUUUUACAUAGAGCUACACAUAUUUUAAGUGUUUUUACUGGAGCAUUACAAAGACACCUGAGGUAUUAAGUGUUUUACAUAGAGCUACACAGGGUCAUCAUAGGUACUAUUAUAAAAUGUUUUGCUCAGAUCUAUAUGGUGCCACCAUAGGUCUCGAGAAUUUUACUCCAGCCACGUACGGAAACCAUGUUUUGUAAUAAAUUCUUUCUUUUCAUGUUAUAUUUAUAUGUAUAUUCUUAUUGAUCUGUUGUGGCAUAAAUAAUAAAAUUUACUGAGGUCAUUAUAAUAAGCAAAUGAAAAGGACUUUCAUUUUGUAGUUACCAAGAAAUUGUGAUACCAUGGUUGAUCUACUGUUUUACAUACCAGUACCAGACAUAUUAGAAUAAAAUUAACAUGUAGCAAACAGGUAUUUUAAUUAACCCUUACCAUGCUAAAUUUCUACAAUGAACUUGUCCACCUUUCAAUUUGGACAGUACUAUUAACUGUUAAAAGGGGUGCUUACCAAAAAGAUACUGACUGAACGACAAACAGUGCAGAUCUUGGUAAGACUGCACUGUAUGUGCAGGCUGAUCAUGAUCUAUACUGGUCGCAAAGGCAGAAUCAAUUGUGUCAGCAUGGUAAGGACAAAAUGAUGUAACACAAAGUAAUGAAAUUUUUGUUUUCUUAGAUAUACCUCUACCAGAAAUACAUCAAAACUUAAGAUGUUGUAAAUGUUGCUUAAAUGUGAUUGACCACCUCUUAACACACUUCUGCUAUAUACAGUUGAACUUUGUGCUCUCGAACUGGACAGGACCAGAAAAAUUUGUGCAAGUUACCUGUAGUUCCAGCCACCAAAUAUUAUACAUUGUAUAGGGGUUUUCCCAGGACCUGUCAACGAGUUCUAGUGAUAUACAUUGUAUAGGGAUUUUCCCAGGACCUGUCGAGGAGUUCUAGUGAACGGUGGUGGCCAAACUAUCCGAGUUCGAGUUAAAGAAGUUUGACUGUAUUAUUUCGUAACCUUACUAACAUACACAGGGGUAACCUUACUAACGUACACAGGGGUAACCUUACUAACAUACACAGGGUAACUGUUGUGAAAAUGAUUUUACUUGCAAAAUUGAUUUCACUGUAUCUGAAUUACAUUAUUGUUAAAGAAUUUUUGAAGCUUGUGCAUGUAGUUAUUGUUUAUAUUGAUAAUUCUAAACUAUAGAUGUGAUGAAUUAAACUUAUACAUGCAUUGAU